CUACUUCACGGCCACUUUUCCCCUACGUGAUGUUGAUUGUGUUGCUGAUCCGUGGGCUGACAUUACCAGGAGCUGUCGACGGAAUUCGAUUUUACCUUUCUCCUGAUCUGACUCGUCUGACUGAUCCUCAGGUGUGGAUAGAUGCUGGGAGCCAGAUAUUAUUCUCCUAUGCUGUCUGCACAGGCUGUUUACAAUCUUUGGGAAGCUACAACAAAUACAACAACAACUGCUACAAAGACGCCUUUGCCUUGUGCACACUAAACAGUUUAACCAGCUUUGUUGCUGGCUUUGCCGUCUUCUCUGUCCUCGGCUUCAUGUCGUAUGAGUUGGGGGUUGACAUCUCAAUGGUAGCUGAAUCAGGUCCUGGCCUGGCAUUCAUUGCUUACCCUCGGGCAGUAACCAUGAUGCCUUUACCACAACUAUGGGCUGCCCUCUUCUUCAUCAUGAUAAUCUUCCUUGGACUGGACAGUGAGUUUGUGUAUCUGGAAGGCUUGGUGACAUCUAUAUCAGACAUGUAUCCGUCCUUCUUUUUCACUGGUCAUCGACGUAAACUACUUCUGCUGUUCAUCGGUGGUGUAUCCUUUGUUAUUGGCCUGUUCAUGGUGACCGAGGGAGGACUUUAUGUAUUUCUGCUGUUUGACUAAUAUGCUUGCAGUGGAAUACCAAUGAUGUUUUUUGCCAUUUUGGAGUCCAUCUGUGUGGGAUGGAUAUUUGGUGCUGAUCGUUAUUACGACAAAAUAAAGGGAAUGAUCGGCUACUACCCCUCGUCGUAUAUGAAAUAUUGUUGGAGGUUCUUCACACCAUCCGUCUGUAUUGUAA